AUGUUUAUAACAGUACUACAUGGAGAAAAUGAAAAGGCCCUUUUCAACAUUCAGUGUAAAGUUCAGCUUCUCUUGGAGAGCAUCAAACGCUGCUGUGGCUGUGAGAAGGAAGGUGAAAUUGAAUUGGCAGAUGAGAAUGGCCAGGUGAAGAAUUUGCUCCAGAACCAGGACCACUACGCAUCGCAGCUCCUGAGUGAGAGGGAGUUCUGCGUACUACUCAAAGUCACACGCCAUGAUGGUUCCCAAGAAGCUGUUUUUACACCACUGCUGAAAGAUCACAGCAUUGUCACUCCAAAGUUCCUGGCUAAAUUGGGGAAGUGGGAAGAUUCGAAAGUGUCACCUACCAGAGUGAAAUCCAGAAAAUAUGGCAAACAAGCAACCUUGCUUUUGGAAGUUCCAUCCACAGAAGGUAAAAGGAGUCAUUCACCACAGGGCAACAAGAAUAAAACUGUGGCUUCCCCUUUCAGAGAAGCUGAGAAACUCCAAUAA